CUGGCUUGUUCAAUCAAAAUGCCGAAUUCCGUAUAACAGUUUUGAAAGUUAAACUAUAACUGCUUAACGGCAAAUAUGACACUGUCUUGUGUCUUUACCGAAGAUGUCUUAUGAAUCUUAAGAACUUUUUGUUAAAUUCGGCUUAGAAAUAUUUCACCGGGCUGCAACAGUUUUCCACGUCCAGACCGAUUGAGCUAGCUAGUUAGCAAUGUAGUCCUCGGCGUGUUGUGCUGGACGAUAGCUGAGAGAAACAGAUGCAUGAGGUGACGCUGGGCCUGCAGCAGAAUGAAUAUCAGUUCUAAAAACAAGAAGCGGGUGGUUCUGCCCAGCCGUCCUGAACCCCCCACUGUGGACCAGAUCCUGGGGGACAUCAACAGAGCCGCUCCCAACGACCCGGUCUUCAGCAUCCUGGAGAAGACUGGACAAGACCCGUCCCAGCCUCCGGACAGCGAUGUGGAGUUGAGGUUCCAGCAGUGCCGUCAGUAUCUGGAGCUGAACGAGCGGCUGCAGGAGGUUCGAGGUCGGCUGCUGCGACAGAGGGAGGAGCUGCGAGCGGCGGGGGAACAGCUGGAGAAAGACGUGGCAGAGGUCAAAGGUCAAGCACUCUGACUCUACACUCUGACCCCUCUGUUGGAGACUAGUGCCCUCGGGCCAGACCCUGGUGGUGCUUCAGGAGCCCCAGUGUUUGCUGACCUCUGACCUCACAACUUAAAUAUGUGUGUAUGUGAGGGUUGUUGCAGAUGAUAGCUGCUUCACAGUAACUCCCGCUGGUUAGCCGGGGAAAACUUUUAACGUGUAACAGCAGCAGGAAAUGUUUGUAUCAGCGGUAACUUAAUGCGGCUUGCAGUAAACACUACAGUAAGGCUGAUAUCUUGGUUGAUACGAUGGUUACUUUCAUUAUCAAUUGAUGUAGCAAUUUACUUUUUCAGUAUACAAAAUAUCAACAUAAAGGACAAAUUGCCACUAAAAACUAAAAUGUAUUUUUCCUGGACACCAGUCACUAAAAACGAUUUAAAUUAGCUUUGAAAUUAUCAUGUUUAAGAAGUUGUAAAGACCAGUCUUUGGUAGUUUUACCUGACAAAGGAUGUGGUUAAAGUCAAUGAACAGUGAAGUCAGUUUUUGUUGUUUUUAGUUCUCGAUAAUUCACCUUUCUCUUGGUUUUCCUCUAAUCUCUGUAUGUUCCUGAAGUGAAAUCCCAGAUUCCAGUCCAGAUUUUUCGCUCAGGUUGAAACAUUCACACACAGAGAUGUAGGAAACUAAGCUUUCUGAAGCAUUGAGCCACUGUGAAGCAGCUGAAAAUCCACCAUUGUUUCAAAGCAUCUGAUGCAGUCAAGAUGGCGAUCUGCUGGGCAACACAUGGUUUGGCAUUUUUAUUGAAUGGUUUAAAGGAAAGGUUCACGUUAUUUUAAGCCGUUCUUUAAACAAUAGUCAGGUGCCCAUACGAACAUUGAAACAGGUUUUGCUUGCAGUAGUCAUUCCUUCUGUUCAUACUGGACGUUAAAAGAUCCCUUUAUUGGAAGUUAAUAUGCAGCAGUCUGAGUUCAUCUGUUAGUCUUUUUUUUUUUUUUUGUACAAAAUCCCCUCUCUUUCUUGCCAUCACUCCUCUGUAGCUCAGUGAGGAAUCAAAAACAGGGGAUUUGGUACUAAAAAGACUGUAACUGUGAAUCUUAGGUCUGUAAAGAUCUUCGUUUGUCUAACUCUGAAGCCUCAUUAGCUUCAGAUAAACUUUGGAUUGUAUUUUUGCACCAAAGGAAGGGAUCUUUUAUUGUCUACUAUGAACAGGAGGAACGAUUACCUCGUGACGAAACUGUCGUUCAUAUUUUGUUCAAUAAAGCUUAUAUUAUAAAAUCUGACUCUUAUAACAGAGCGUAAAGCUUUGUUUUUAAACAAACUGACGAGAACUUCCGGUAUUUAAAACCAGCCCACCGCCUCUAUAUGUGGGACGUAACAACGGUGGUCUCGUCGUUUUUGGUGUAUUGAAGCAUCGAUUGAUCUUGUUGCGAUACAUCUUCUUCACAGGUCGAUACCAUAAGACUGUAUAUAAAGAUGGACGACAUGACGGGUCAUAAACCCCGCCCCCUCCGUGUUAGCGGAUGGGACAAACUUAAAAACUCAAACUACACGGCAAAUACAUUUUUCCCAAAGAUGGUUUCUGUCAGUUUAGGUCGUUCUUAUCACGCUGAUGUUUGUUGAAGUGUUUUUCUGAUAAGUUUGGUUCUAAUUGUAGAAAAGGUUUCAGUCGUAGUCGUCUGGACACUGUUUUCAAAAUCAAAUCAAAAUCAAAUCCUUGAUUCUGAAAACAGCGUCCAGACGACUACGACUGAAACCUUUUCUACGAUAGAACACUCCUGGACGAAUGAGGGACGACACCGUCUUUGGUUCUAAUUAUUAUUUGAUGCUAUUAAAAGCGGGUUUCACGUCGGCCGGGUGUGUGUGGGCGGGACCUCGAUACCGCGGCUCCACCCCCGAUCACUGCUGCGCAGACUCUGGCUCCAAAUAACGUCACCAAAGCAAGAUGGCAGCUCCAGUAUCCGGGAUAUUUUGGCUUCAUUUUUGUACAGUGGGAGGAAGAGGAGACGCGUCGUCCAUCUUUGUAUACGGUCUAUGGUCGAUACUGUUGAGUCGUCCACUUCGAGCGUAACAUCACUAGUCGUGUCUUCACUCAAUUGUAUCAUGUUUUUGCAUUGACUUUGUUUGUAUAUGUGCCUCGUCUAAAACUCGCUUCAUGUUCAGCCUGAACACCUUUUUAUUGACGAGGCGUCAGUGAAUGUUUCACAACAAAAACAAAUAAAAAGAACUACGCUGA